CAGAAUGUCAACACUGCAUGCGAGUCACUGACAGUCUGUUACACAGUGGCACAACCUUAGUGCUCUCUACAUCAAGGCCCCCACCAGAGUGCCCCCUUACAUCAGGGACCCCAUCAGGGAGACCCUUUUAUCAGGGUCCCCAUCAGAGUGCCCCCUUAUAUCAGGGUCCACAUCAGAGUGCCCCCUUACAUCAGGGUUCCCUUCAGAGUGCCCCUUUACCUCAGGGUCCCCAACAGAGUGCCCCCUUACAUCAAGGUCCUCAUCAGAGUACCCCCUUACAUCAGGGUCGCCUUCAGAGUGCCCCUUUACAUCUGGGUCCCCAUCAGAGUGCCCCCUUACAUCAGGAUCCCUUUCAGAGUUCCUCCUUAUUUCAG